AUGAAGAGCGAACAAAAUGAAAAAAUAAUGGACUACUUGUCGUGCACCCUAGACGAUGUAGUGGACAGGGAGAAAAAAAGCGGAAAAAAUAGUCUUUUAAAUUUAAAAAGUUCAAAAAAAUAUGAUUAUAAAUCCAAGUUUUUUAGUAAAAAAGACCUAACACAAAGUAGCUCAGGUUAUCGAGGCAGAGGAGGAGGGGGUGGAAGGUCAAAAUUUACGAGCAGUAGAAGACCAGGAAGUUUUAAGAAGCCCUUCUUUAGCAAAAGAUUAAUUGAUAAGAAGUAUAAUAGUUACAAAAGUAGAAAAUUUUACUCAGGGCCAAGCAGAGAUUAUUUUAAAACCAGACCAAGCUCUUAUAAUUCCCACUACGCAUAUGACAGUCAUAAUAUUCCCUACAAUAACAAAAAUUUCGUCAAUAGGAAAAAUAUGAUUAAUAGUGUUAAAUCUUCUGGAACUACCUACAUGGGUGGUAGUAGCGUAGCAAAAAGCAAACCAAGAAAAGUAUUUAAACCAAUCCCAUCAUCCAGAACAACUGUAAUUACUAGCAGUGCAAAUAGCUAUAAAACUGUACCAGUCCCAACCCCAAAAUUGAGUAAUUUAAAUAUAUCCCUUUAUCGUAAUAAGAGAACCGUUGCUGUGACCAAUAAUCGACCAACCACCAAUCUCUCCGUAAGAAGAAAUAACGUCAGCACGGUUAACAAAAGUAAAGUGGUUAGAAAAGGAAUACAAAAAACCACCAUCAAUGCGAAGACCAGAAAAACUAUCAACGGAUCUAAGUUUAAACCGUUAAAUAAAUACUUUUUGUCAAAAAUUAAAAUUGUUACAUCGUUAAAUAAAAUCCCAUCCCCGCUGAAGGAGCAGAAGGACACGGAGGUUAAUCUCCCAGAGUCUUUGAAUAAUCCCAACGCGAGAAAGGAUUGAACUUACCCCGCGUAUUUUGUGCCACGACAAAGCGCAACAACUGCAGGGGUGUAACGCAGGAAGUUCAAGCUAAAGGAGGAGGAAGAUAAAACUAGGCAAAUUUCAACUGACGAAUUUUUAGCCGAUAAAUAAGUGUAUAUUAUUUACAGUGUGAUGAUGAGUACAAUACGUUGUUUGUGUUUUUUUGUUUUUGUGAAUCGUAAAAGACAAAUGUAAAGAAGGCAAACCGUAGGCCCAAACAUAUACGAUGAAAAAAAAUAAAAAAAAAGUUAACCAAAUGGUGAAAAAGUCGUGCAAAAAAAUGUGCAAAAGGUGGUGAAAAAAUGUGACAUGUAAAAGUAAAGUUAAAUGCUGUGAAAAAAAAUUUAAUUUUUAACCAAGCAUGCCUACACAAACGCACACACACGUACACGCACAAGCACGCGCCCUCACCUUGCGUUACUGGCAUAUAUGUAAUGUU